AUGGCCGCCCAGGGCGAGCCCGGCUACCUGGCGGCACAGUCGGACCCGGGCUCCAACAGUGAGCGCAGCACCGAUUCGCCCAUGCCCGGGUCCGAGGACGACUUGGUCGCCGGAGCGCCCUUGCACAGCCCCGAGUGGAGCGAAGAGCGCUUCCGCGUGGACAGGAAGAAACUUGAGGCCAUGUUACAAGCUGCAGCUGAAGGAAAAGGCAGAAGUGGGGAAGACUUUUUUCAGAAGAUCAUGGAAGAAACAAAUACUCAGAUUGCUUGGCCUUCCAAACUGAAGAUUGGCGCCAAAUCCAAGAAAGAUCCCCAUAUUAAGGUUUCUGGAAAGAAAGAAGAUGUUAAAGAAGCCAAGGAAAUGAUCAUGUCUGUCUUAGACACAAAAAGCAAUCGGGUCACAUUGAAGAUGGAUGUUUCACAUACAGAGCACUCACACGUGAUUGGCAAAGGUGGCAACAAUAUCAAAAAAGUGAUGGAAGAAACAGGGUGUCACAUCCACUUUCCAGAUUCCAACAGGAAUAACCAAGCAGAGAAAAGCAACCAGGUAUCUAUAGCAGGACAACCAGCAGGAGUAGAAUCUGCCAGAGUUAGAAUUCGGGAGCUGCUUCCUUUGGUGCUGAUGUUUGAGUUACCAAUUGCUGGAAUUCUUCAACCAGUUCCCGAUCCUAAUUCCCCCUCUAUUCAGCACAUAUCACAAACGUACAACAUAUCAGUAUCAUUUAAACAGCGUUCCCGAAUGUAUGGUGCUACUGUCAUAGUACGAGGGUCUCAGAAUAACACUAGUGCUGUGAAGGAAGGAACUGCCAUGCUGUUAGAACAUCUUGCUGGGAGCUUAGCAUCCGCUAUUCCUGUGAGCACGCAAUUAGACAUUGCAGCCCAACAUCAUCUCUUUAUGAUGGGUCGAAAUGGGAGCAACAUCAAACAUAUCAUGCAGAGAACGGGUGCUCAAAUCCACUUUCCUGAUCCCAGUAAUCCACAGAAGAAAUCCACCGUCUACCUCCAGGGCACCAUUGAGUCUGUUUGUCUUGCAAGGCAAUAUCUCAUGGGUUGUCUUCCUCUUGUGCUGAUGUUUGAUAUGAAGGAAGAAAUUGAAGUAGACCCACAGUUCAUUGCUCAGUUGAUGGAACAGCUUGAUGUCUUUAUCAGCAUUAAACCAAAGCCAAAGCAGCCUAGCAAGUCUGUGAUUGUGAAAAGUGUUGAGCGAAAUGCCUUAAAUAUGUAUGAAGCAAGGAAAUGUCUCCUCGGACUUGAAAGCAGUGGGGUUACCAUAGCAACCAGUUCAUCCCCAGCAUCGUGCCCUGCCGGCCUGGCAUGUCCCAGCCUGGAUAUCUUAGCUUCAGCAGGCCUCGGACUCACUGGACUAGGUCUUCUGGGGCCAACCACCUUAUCGCUAAACACUUCAACAAACCCGAACUCACUCCUGAAUGCUCUUAAUAGCUCAGUCAGUCCCUUGCAAAGUCCAAGUUCUGGCACGCCCAGCCCCACGUUAUGGGCACCCCCACUUGCUAAUACUUCAAGUGCCACAGGUUUCUCUGCCAUACCACACCUUAUGAUCCCAUCUACCGCGCAAGCCACAUUAACCAAUAUUUUAUUAUCUGGAGUGCCCACCUAUGGGCACACAGCUCCAUCACCCCCUCCUGGCUUGACUCCUGUUGAUGUUCAUAUCAACAGUAUGCAGACAGAAGGCAAAAAAAUCACCGCUUCUUUAAAUGGACAUGCACAGUCUCCAAAUAUAAAAUAUGGUGCAAUAUCAACUUCAUCACUUGGAGAAAAAGUGCUAAGUGGGAAUCAUGGCGAUCCAUCCAUCCAGACAACUGGGUCUGACCAGGCUUCUCCCAAAUCAAAUCCUUCAGAAGGUUGUAAUGAUGCUUUUGUUGAAGUAGGCAUGCCUCGAAGUCCUUCCCAUUCUGGAAAUACUGGUGACUUAAAACAGAUGAUGGGUCACUCCAAGGUUUCCUGUGCCAAGAGGCAGACAGUAGAGCUAUUGCAAGGCACGAAAAACUCACACUUACACAGCACUGACAGGUUGCUCUCAGACCCUGAACUGAGUACUGCAGAAAGCCCUGUAGCUGAUAAGAAGGCUCCAGGAAGUGAACGUGCAGCAGAGAGGGCAGCAGCUGCCCAGCAAAACUCUGAAAGGGCCCGCCUUGCCCCACGUCCAUCAUAUAUCAACAUGCAGGCAUUUGAUUAUGAACAAAAGAAGCUAUUAGCAACCAAAGCUAUGUUAAAGAAACCAGUGGUGACAGAGGUCAGAACACCUACAAAUACCUGGAGUGGCCUAGGGUUUUCUAAAUCCAUGCCGGCUGAAACUAUCAAGGAGCUGAGAAGAGCCAACCAUGUGUCCUAUAAGCCCACAAUGAUGACCACGUAUGAGGGCUCAUCAGUGUCCCUCUCACGGUCCAACAGUCGUGAGCACUUGGGAAGCGGAAGCGAAUCUGACAACUGGAGAGACCGAAAUGGAAUAGGACCCGCAAGUCACAGUGAAUUUGCGGCUUCUGCUAGCAGCCCCAAGCGUAAACAAAACAAAUCAACGGAACACUAUCUCAGCAGUAGCAAUUACAUGGACUGCAUUUCCUCGCUGACAGGAAGCAAUGGCUGUAACCUGAGCAGCUCUUUUAAAGGCUCUGACCUCCCAGAGCUUUUCAGCAAACUGGGCCUGGGCAAAUACACAGACGUCUUCCAGCAACAAGAGAUUGAUCUUCAGACAUUCCUCACUCUCACAGAUCAGGAUCUGAAGGAGCUGGGAAUUACUACUUUUGGUGCCAGGAGGAAAAUGCUGCUUGCAAUCUCAGAACUAAAUAAAAACCGAAGAAAGCUCUUUGAACCACCAAAUGCACGCACCUCUUUCCUGGAAGGUGGAGCAAGUGGGAGGUUACCGCGUCAGUACCACUCAGACAUGGCCAGUGUCAGUGGCCGCUGGUAG